UCAAUAGCGUUGGACCGUGGUGAAGGCAGCAGCAGCAGCAAAGACAUAGGCCACAUUAUCAGAUAAUGCCAGGGUUUAUGGCAGUAAUGCAGAGACAUGAGGAGAAUAUGAAAUAGAUAAUGUAUCUUGUUUGUCAUACCUACAGAGGAGAAUUGCUGCUGUUUUCAAAGAUUUAGACAGUUUUUACAGCUAAUGUUGAUAGUUACAAGAAGUUCAUCUAGGAAAUUACUUUCUGAAUGGGUGUUUUUCUGUUAGAUGGGCCACCAAUCCUGGAGGACAUGUGGCAAGGCUGAUUAACCUGUACUGCAGAUAUGUUACAUGUAUAUUAUAUAUCCUUUGAUGAUCAACUCAGACAUCAGAACAAAACUUGAUGAUAUCAGGUCUAAGGCUCUGCUAGUGACCCUGGUAUUGAGGCUAGUUCUGUGAAAGAAGUUCAAAGGAAAAAAAAGCCAGAUGGUGCAGUAAUAGAAGCUUUAACUUCCUGUUGUAAUGUAGAUUAGCAGCGAUCGUUUCUGGAUACCAUGGAAACCAGAAUUCACAUUUUCGCAUUUAUUUUGGCGUCAGCCUUAGUGGCAGUGUGUGGUCAGUUUGGAGUGGAGACAAACAGCCCCCCUCAGUUCACUGCUCCCUCGAUACUGGUCAUCAAGGAAGACAGGCCUGUAGGAUCUGUAGUGGGAACAUUAAGAGCCACUGACUCUGAUGGUAAUAGACUGACCUUCUCUGUCAGUGCAAGUGGGUCUGCUUUUGACCUUGUUGAGGUUUCAAGAACAUCUGGAAGUGUUGUGGCAAAUAUAACAUUAAACAGCAAACUUAAUUAUGAGACAAGAUCUCAGUUUGAUGUGGGAUUCACAGUUUCUGAUGGAGUCAAUACACUCACCAGGACAGUGACAGUUUAUGUUGUCAAUGUCAAUGACAAUGCCCCUUUAUUUAGUACAGCACUCUACACACGGGACAUACCAGAGGAUACUCCUAUUAAUUCUUCGAUAUUAUAUGUAAAUGCCACUGAUCUUGACUAUGGGCCUCCUACCUAUUAUUUUUAUGACAAAAGCACAGAUUCCAUCAGCCAGAAUAUGUCCAAAUUUAGAAUAGAUCAAACAACAGGUGAAGUUACUCUGAUUGAAAGCCUAGAUUAUGAAGAAAAACCCACAUAUCAGCUGAAAGUAAUGGCAAGGGACCAGUAUGGCUGGAACUCAACCAGUACCAUUGUGCUAAAUGUAGAGGACACUGGUGACCAGCCGCCUGUUUUUGAGAAGCCUACAUAUGCUGCUACAAUCCCUGAAGACACCCCAGUGGGCGCAGAAGUUUUGAGAGUAUUUGCGCAGGAUGGAGACCGAGGCUUGGUCAUCAAAAAUAAGAUAUGCUACAGUUUUGUGAAUGGGAGAGCCCUGACUUCAUCUUAUGAAGACUUCAGGAUAGGGAAGAGCAAUGGCAGUAUACUAAUACGCAGAAAGUUAGAUAGGGACAAGCCAGAUGUUAUUCAGAAGGGUGGAGUGUUUCAGCUCACAGUGAAGGCUCAAGAAUAUGAUCCAAACAAUGAUUGCAGCAGCAUCAAUAGUACUAUAGAUGGCACCGAGGCAACCGUUUACAUCACAGUACAAGAUGUCAAUGACGAGACCCCAACAUUUGGACAAAGUGUUUACUAUGCUACCGUAGAGGAACAGUUGAAGGGGAUCCCGAUAACAUUAAAUAACACUGAUAUCAGAGUGACAGACCUGGAUUUGGGAGACAAUGGUACCUUUGAACUUUAUGUCACCAAAAAUGGACAGAAUUACUCUGCUUUCUCCGUCACCCCGCGCCGCUCAGUGAAUGAAGCCAUUGUCAUUGUGCGAGUGGAGAAUGCAACGGCCGUGGACUUUGAGAAGACGAGGAGCGUGACAUUCCAGAUUGUUGCCAAGGAAACUCAAACAGCUGAACGUAGGACGAGUAAUGCCACCAUAGAGUUAACAGUGUUGGAUAGAAAUGACAACGCCCCAGUGUUUGCCAACCCUGAGCACAUAGCAUUUAUCCUGGAGAAUUCUCCAAAUGGCACCCAUGUGAUAACAAUUACUGCCACUGAUGAAGACACCGCCAGUAAUUUUUCGGACAUCACUUAUAGUUUACAGGGUGGAAGCAACAGUUUUGCAAUCAACUCCACCUCUGGCAUGGUCUAUGUGUCUUGUGGGUCUCCAGAAGAGUGUCAAAACCAACUUGACUUUGAGAAGACCAGCAUAUAUUAUAUGACCGUUGAGGCCACUGAUGGCCGCGGACUUAAAGGUACAACACAGCUCGAAGUUGUCCUGAACGACACCAAUGAUAACACGCCCAGCUUUACUCAGAAGAAAUACUCUGGUGUGGUCAAAGAAAACUCAACAACUUUUGAAAGGGAGAUUCAAGUCCAGGCCACAGAUGAAGAUUCUGGACUGAAUGGGAAAGUGUACUACAACAUCACAGGUGGAGACCCCCUGAGGAACUUUACCAUUGACACGACCACGGGGAUCAUCAGCCUGGCCAGCCCUCUGAACUACGAGGCUAUGCCCAGGAACUCUAACGGCUGGUUCCAUUUAAAUGUGACGGCCACAGACUGGGGCUCCCCACCUCUCAGUGCUAUGGUACAGGUGGACAUAGAAGUGGUGGAUGAAAAUGAUAACGACCCAGUGUUUGUGAAUAAGAGUUACACAGCUGAAAUUUAUGAGAAUGCAACAACAGGUGACACUGUAUUACAAGUCAAUGCAACAGACCUUGAUAAACCUGGUGAUCCUAACAGUAUCAUCAUCUACCGCAUAGAGAGUGGGGGGAUGGACAAGUUUAGAAUAGAGCCCAACUCUGGGAAAAUCAAAGUGGAGAAAGGGGCCAGGUUUAACCGGGAGACUCUGGAUGUCUACAACCUCACAGUCCUUGCACUGGAUAGGGGAACCCCCCAGCGAAGUGCAUCCUGCAGUGCAAUAGUUCACAUACUAGAUGUCAAUGAUGAACUGCCACGUUUCCCCAUGCCAGAAGCCCGGGCAGAAGUUUCAGAAAAUGCAUCCAUUGGACAUAUUGUGUACACAUACAAUGCAUCAGACCCAGACCAGAAUUCCUAUUUAAGAUAUUCUUUACUGGAAUCAUCUAACUAUCAGAGCUGGUUUGGCAUCCACAGCAACAAUGGGUCUGUGUAUGUGAACAACACAUUAAACCGCGAAAAUCAGAGCGAUGUCUCCCUGACUGUCAGAGUAGAGGACCAGAAUGCGUUUCACCCCAGACCUCAGAAUGAUACAGCCACUUUAGUGAUAACUCUUUUGGACUAUAAUGACAAUCCUCCAGAGUUUAUUGAGUCCCCCCCAGCAAACUUUACCAAGACUAUAUCUCCCACAGUGCAGUAUAUGUACACUGUCCAGGUCAAUGAGAGCGCCACCACAGGGCAACAGGGGAGCAGGGUUGUUACUCUGAAGGCCAAGGACGCAGAUCAAGGACAGCGAGUUAACUUCAGCAUAGUCAACAACACAGACAAGUUUGAAGUCAAUCCACUUACUGGUGAUGUUACUCUGAAAGUACCACUGGACAGAGAGCAGCGUCCAGAGGAACGAUUUCAAGCCAUUGCUGUUGAUAUCCCGUCAAGUAACACAGGACCCCCUCGGACCAGUACUGCUACUGUGGUUGUUAUUGUUAUGGAUACUAAUGACAAUGACCCUGUAUGGGUUGACAAUAUGCCAACAUCUGCCAGUGUCCCAGAGAAUGCCACUGUCAACACCCCAGUGCUGACUGUCAAUGCCACUGAUCUCGAUGACGGUGACUAUGGGAACGUGACUUAUAUCAUAAAGAGUGGCGAUAAAGACAAGUUUAGGAUUGAUCUUAUCACUGGUGUUAUAACAGUAGCAGGCCGGCUGGACAGAGAAAACAAGAGCACAUUCUCUCUCAAUAUUGAAGCCAGGGACAAUCUGGAUCGGACACCAAGCAGAAAAAUUCAAAAGCAGAUCACAGUGCAUAUAACAGACAUCAAUGAUGAGAGCCCAAAAUUCAGUCAAAAAUCAUAUUUUUUCCAAGUAGAAGAGGACAAAGAUAUGAGCUAUGUUAUAGCAACCAUCACAGCCAAUGACAGGGAUCAGGCUGGGACAGACAAUUCCAGAUUGUCCUAUACUGUUGUCCCAGACUCGGGCAAUGGAACUGAACUGUUUGCCAUCAAUAACACAACUGGUGCUGUCCAUCCUAAAGCAGUUCUGAGGGGUAAACAAGGCUUCUUCUACAUGACAAUUCGGGCAACAGACCAUGGCUCUAUACCUCUGACUAACAGCACUGAGGUGAAGAUACAAGUUACUGAUAUCAAUGACCAUAAGCCAGUAUUUCAUUUUCCACGCGAUCCCAUGGUCUUCUCUGUUAAUGAGAGUUUCCCUGUCAAUGGAACCAUUACCAUAAUUAAUGCUACUGACCUUGAUCUUGGAGAAAAUGGCCGUGUCAGCUACCGCCUGCUAAAUGACACUGUGUUUGAUGUUCUUAGCUAUCAAACCUUUAAAAUUGACAGUGAUACUGGGGUAUUACAAACAAGAAUUGCACUGGACAGAGAGAAAGUGGAAGAGUAUUUCGUUCGCAUUGAGGCAUAUGACCAUGGUCCAAUAGGAAAAGUAAAAACCGCUCAGGAGGAGAUAACUAUAAUCAUUCAGGACAUAAAUGAUCAUGAGCCUACCUUUGACCGUGAAAAGUAUCCCUUGCCUUAUAUUACUAAAUAUGUGGAAGAAAAUAAAAAGGGUGCCAGGGUUAUCACCAACCUUAAUGCAGAUGACAAAGAUAAAUUGGAUACAAUCUAUUAUUUGAUUGUAGAGGGAAAUACAACACUUUUCGAGGUGAAGAAUUCUGGCAACAAGGCCAACAUCAGCUUAAAGGCAAACAUGUCCCUUGACCGUGAGCAGAGGGACAGCUACAGACUGGUUGUGGAAGCUAGUAAUUACAAUUUUAAGGAACUCGCUACUGGAAACCAGAAUGCUCGGGUUGUUAUUGUGGUCCAGGUUCAAGACGUCAAUGACAACCCACCCACGUUUAAUAAGCACCUCUUCACUGCCGGCAUCACUAAAGAAGUGGAGCCCCCUGCUACAAUAUUAGAGCUGAAGAAUGAAGUGGUGGACCGUGACAUAGGCAACAACAGCCGUGUCCAGUUUUACAUGGUGCCGGGCAGUAUGAACAUCAGUAGUGAUCUGAAACAGAAGAUAGGCAGCAAAAACCCUUUCCUGGUGGACCUCAGUGGCAAUGUCAAGUCUGACAUGUACUUUGAGAGUGACAUGUCCGGCUAUGUCGACUUCUUUGUAUAUGUCAAUGAUUCUGGAGGGUACAAUGACAAGGCCAAAGUAUCGAUUUAUUUGAUAGGUUCCAGUCAGCAGAUCAAGAUUGUUUUACCUGGUACCCCAGAUGAGGUCAGACUGAAGAAGAGAGAACUUGAAGAAUAUCUCUCCAAUAUCACUGGAGCUAUUGUUAAUGUGGACAAAUUUGUAGAACAUGACCCUACAGGAAGUAGUAGUAGUAACCUCAAAAUAGAUAGAACUGAUGUUUAUGUCCAUGCUAUACAAAGAGACACAAAACAAGUCCUAUCAUCUAAUGCUUUGGUGGAUGUACUAGAAGCAAAUUUGGACCAGCUGACUGCAUUUUAUAAAAGAUUUAGCGUUUAUGAAGUCACUAAAAUCACCCCUGAGGAACCACCUGUGGAGGGUCUGGCUGAGCCGCUGAGGAUGGCUCUCUUGAUCACAGCACUGGUACUGCUGCUGCUGCUGCUUAUCUUGAUAGGAAUGUUCUUCACUGCCAGGAGGAAAUACAAGAGGAAGCUCAAAGCUGCCACAGCAUAUGCUUACAAUACAAAUGACAAUGGUUUAAACCAUGUGGAUCUUGUACCUGGGACCAAUUUACACACAUUUGAAGGGACUAACCCGUUGUUUGGUCAGCAGAUGGAGAAUGCUUGGCCAGACGGCGAAGAAGCAGAUGCAGACAGCCACAGUGAAAGCACGGGAUCAGAGAGCGACACAAAUUCACUGGAUGACAAUGUGAUAGAAGCCAAGGAAAUCAAUGGAUAUGACAACAAAGCAUUGACAAUAGACUUAUAUGAUGACUUUGACACCAACAUUUCUCCAGCUCAAGUAGCCAAGAGUGACAUGUUCCUCCAAGCGGCUCUAAACGAGCACGAUGCCACAAAGAUGGACAAAAAUGACCUCAAUCACACCAGUGGACAGACGCCGUAUCAGGAGGGUCAGAUGAAGUUUGACCCCAAGGCUGGAACUGUGGUCAUUAAUGGGAUGCAGACCACUGAUAUCUAAACUUGCCGCAACUUGCUUCUUUCUUAUUCCAUUAUGGUGCUCAAAUGAUUAAGUAAACACGGAUAAUCAAACCAUCGUCUGCGUAGAUAGCGUCUUUGCAGGACCCAGAUUGCAGGAAUACGAAGAUGGAGAUAGUUUACAAGUACCAGGUCAGUUAUUCUGACAGUUUUCCAGAUAUGCAAGUAAAUGUCCAUGCAUACCAGUGUAAUAAUGGAUGCCCUGCAAAUUGUUCGAAUCAUGACAAUUGUUUUUCUUUUUCAUAAUAAUGGAUGGAGAACAAGAGUUGCUUUUUGUCAGGAAUGAAUUGUCAUAAUUAUUUUGUAGAGCUGCAAAAAAAGUGAAUUAUAUUAGCUGCAGUAGGAGGAACCAGUAUUGUUCCAUAAACAGAGGCACUUGUGUGUUGUUUGUUGAUUAUGUUAUGACCCUACAGAGAGGGUGAAUAUGCAAAGAUUUGAGGAUUCUAGUCAUGGCUAUGCAGCAUGGUGAUUCUGGCAGAGCUUGGUUCUCUGCAUCUGCUUCUCCUUGUUUAUCAUUUGGCUCUGACAGAGAAUCAGGCCUAUUAAAUGCAAAUAUUUUUAUAUGAUUUAUGUGUAUGAUCAAAGUGUAUUCUUAUUCUUUGCUGUACUGUAAUUCUGAUGUGUGUUUUUUUAUUUUUAAGUUAAAAAAUGAAAAUUUAGCAACUGUUAUAAGUUAUUAUUUUUAUCAUUAUUUAUUUUCAUUAUUUAUUUUUUUCACAUUUAUUUAUCAUAAUUAUUAUCAUUAUUAUUUGAUUUUUUCUAGGAUUAAUGCUUUUGUAGUUAUGUCAAUUCAUUUGUUCUCGUUAGUGCCUGUCAAUUAAAUAUCCUACCAUGUCAACAUGGAUAGCUAGUUGUAAGCCUGCAGAGGCUUUAUUGGACUUUUAAGUGUACCAGUUUAUUUUGUAGAGAAAGAGAUAAUUGACUUGAACUAUGGCUUUCUGUCCAAAUCUUUAAAGUACAAUUUUAUUUUGAUUGAAAAUAAUCACCAUUCCAAAAACUUGUCUGGAAUGCCAGUAUGUAGUUGUUCAUUUCAAGUAUUUCAUUGUUCAUAACCUGGGACCAGAAUCUGUUGAUAAAGACACGUCCAUUAUAUUACUCCAGGGACCAGUGGUGAUUUCUAGCAGUACAAACAUAAGUGUUAGGAACAAUGCGAGCUGUACUUAUAGCUUGACAUCAACUCCCAGGAACUUGGGGUCGUUUUUACUAGAAAACUUUUAAGAUCACUGUUAGAUUUUGAGCUUUUAAAAAUGAUAGAUAUAGCUUGUAUCUCUUCACCUAUAUACCCCUUAUUACCUGAAGUGCUGUAGAAUAAGUUUGUCUAUGGGUAAUUCAUAUUUAAAUGACUAUGAAAUAUGAAGAAAAUGAACUUGAAAUAACGAUAAGUAGCACAUAACUGAGUAUGACAGCUAACAACAUAGUUUUAUAUCUGGAGUGGCAAAAAUUUUCAGAGGUUCAAUUUGAAUUUCAACAAUGUAUUAUUAUAGUCUGCAAACAAUGAGAGCUCACAAUGUUGGUAGAUUUUGUUCAUUCUUUCAGUGAUUGUGCCAAAGUAACUGUCUCACUGCUAGUAUGGUAUUUUGAAUCAGGUUGAAGAAUCACAUUUGUGUAUAUUUUUGUCAUUGGAUCAUAUUUGUUUCAGAUAUGCCAAUAGCAUUUCAUCGCUUUUUUUUCCUAGCUUGACCACUUGUACUAGGAUAUUAGCAUAUUUCAGUAAAGAUGAAAUUAUCUCUGAUAUUGAUUAAGAUUAUCUCUUUCCGUGUCAUAUCAAAAUAUCUCUGAUUUCUCAAUUUUCUUUUUAGUAUGCCAAAUCAUUCCAUAACCAACAUAUGAAAAAGUGAUGUUAUUUUCAAAUUUUUUCUAGGGAAAAUGUAUAAUUAUGUCAUUGAUGCAGCUUUGUUAGAAUCAUCAAGAAUUUUUUUAUUCGGUGACAACAAAGAAAAUGAACUUUUCCUAUAUUCAGUACAUAUGUCACUGCAUUUAACAUGUAACCUAGUAGACAAUUGCUGUAUAUUUAUUGUAGUGUGGUAUAGAGCAUACGAUGUGUUGUUUCUGCUUUCACAAACAAGGUUUUGGUGUUAGGCUUGUAUCACUGACCUUAUGCUUAGUUAGGUAAGGUGGCUGUCAGUCUACCUGCUGUAUGUUAUACGUAUAUAUUUAGUCUAUAGUUGAUAAUUUAAACUGGUCUAAUGUUGGCAGUUAAUGGUGCUCAGACAUAGAAAGUUACACAGCAAGCCAAGUGAAUAUGAAUAAAUCAUAAUUUAUGUCACAAGAAAGUUCAUUUGAAGAGAAUUAAUUUUCAUAGGAGAUAAAACAUUGUUUUUAUUUAUUAAUUUUCAAUCUGAGGGGGACCAAGUAACAUUUUUCAUGUCAAAUCAUUUGAAAAUGAAGUGUGCACAAUUGGCUGGUCCUUGGUUGCUAAACAAAUUUAUUGAUAUUUUCAAUAAAUUAUUUACUUACAACUUGA